AUUUGUAGGAUACAGUACGAUUUUUCCUUUGAUGAUGACAUUUCGUCUGUAUUUGAAUGUGAGGUACACUCGUUCGAUCCAAGUAUGCACCAGAAGGACCAUUUACACAAACCAUCUGUAUUUUUCCACGCCACUGGUCUGUCUGAUUAUAACGGUGUAAGUAAGGAUAUGGCAGGUUGGGAAAUGAGGACGAUGGAAGCUAUACGAAAGGAACUGAACCACAUUGAACGCGCCCCUGACGUCAUUAAGAUGGACAUAGAGAGCUGGGAGUGGAGUGUCAUACCUGAGGUGUUAAAAACCUCACAACUUGUUGGCGUCAAGCAGUUUCUAGUGGAGUUUCAUGCAAACACCAAUAGACCCGUGAGGGAAUAUUGGGUUCACAAACUUCUAAUUUUACGUGAUCUGUACCUAGAGGGAUACCGCAUAUUCUGGGUUGGACGCAAUAAUUUAUGUACUUACAAAUCACCCGUGUUUAAUCGUGUUUUAUAUGCCUGUUACGAGGUCUCCUUUGUGAACAUUAAAUCCACCGUAGGGUAGAAAUGUAGACUUAUUGACGUGAAAAGACAAAAGGAGGAUAGGAAGACCCUCAUAUGUUAACUACAUCAUUGCCAAGAAUCCUAUUUAUACAUAUUGAAUAUAAUUUUGUCUAUAAACUAUUUACAUUUGCAUGAAGUUUGAUAAAAAAUGAAAUAUGACAAAUAGAAUGAUCACUUGAGAUAAUCGCUUACCUGCAGAUGUGGAUAUGGG